GCACACACAUUUCGAUCUCUCCUCAAAACUCUUCUCUCUCUCAACUCUUCCCGAAACGUUUUGCUGUAGAGUAAGAUAACGAUGCUAAGUGUCCCAGAGUUUUCUCCCCUAACAUGGCUGAGAAGUGUCGCCGACACUUUCACAACCGCCGCUAGUUUCACCGUCUUCGCAUUCCUGGAUCUCCUCGACGUCAUCUUAUGCUUGGUCUAUAGCUUCGUAGACGGCGUCGUCGAAGAGAGCCCAAUACCAUGUUACUGUUAUGUUAAUAACGGGGAGAAAAACGAGCAAGAGGAAGAAGCGGAGGAGAGAGAGGAAGUGUCGGAGACGUUGCACGGGAGAAAGAACCUAUUUAGGGGAAUGGGUAUUCUUAGUUUGAGGAUGAGGAGUCGCGGCGGGGAGAAGGAAAGAGGCGUAUCCGGGUGUCGCCGGUGGUCGGAUUGCAGUUCCGACACUUGCGUCGGCGGCAGCGGCACUUUUCGGGACAGAGGAGGAGAGGAUAGGCUUCAUUUGGUCGUCAAGGAACCAUCUCUUGAAAGCAAAAAUGAGAUAGACUCUUCGGAAAAUGUGCUUUUCAUACACGGAUUCCUCUCUUCAUCCUCGUUUUGGUUGGAGACAAUUUUUCCUGAAGCUGCAGCAAAAUCAAAAUUUAGGAUGUUUGCGGUGGAUCUCCUGGGCUUCGGAAGAAGCCCGAAACCGGCAAAUUGUUUGUAUCGAGUAAAAGAUCAUAUCAAAAUGAUCGAGAGAUCGGUAAUCGAACCAUUUCGGCUAAAUUCUUUCCACUUAGUUGCUCAUUCUAUGGGUUGUAUCAUUGCGCUCGCCUUAGCUGCAAAGUAUCCAACAUGUGUUGAAUCAAUCACAUUGGUUGCACCACCAUAUUUUCCUUCAGACGAUGCGAAAGCAAGCUACAAUACUCUGAACAAACUUGCUGAGAGGAAAAUUUGGCCACCAUUACUGUUUGGGUCUUCUGUCAUGUCAUGGUAUGAACAUGUAGGAAGAACUGUUUGCUUUGUUUACUGCAGAAACCACUUGAUAUGGGAGUGGAUUUUGAAAACAAUUAUGCGGAAAAGGGACCUGAACUUUGUGAUAAGGGACAUACCUAAGCAUACUCAUCAUUCGGCGUGGCAUACAAUGCACAAUGUGAUCUGCGGAGGGGCAAAGUUGCAGGAUAAGCAUUUGGAAGUCGUGAAAAAGGCGGGGAUACCGGUCAAAGUAAUCCACGGGGAUAAAGAUCAGGUGGUUCCGAUCGAAUGUAGCUACAAUAUGAAAUCAAAGUUUGCACUCGCAGAUCUUAUCAUCAUUAAGGGUGCUAACCACAAAACUGUUAUAAUAGGCAGGGAAAAAGAUUUCACAAAAGAGCUUGUAGACUUUUGGCUCUUUUCCAGAAAACAGAAGCUGUGUGAGGAAGAAAAUUUGAUUUAAUAAUUAAAAUUGUAAUUAUAUGCUACUAUAUUGACAGAUUCUUCAUAUCGGAUAAGUUCUCUGAUCUGAGAAAACUUUAUUCUGAUGAAGAGGAGGAAAUAUGUCUAACGCAAGUUACAAUU